GUGGCCGGUGCAGGAUGCAGGCAGGUGGGGACAUAAUGUUGAUGAGAGAGGCCUCAGAGCCCAAGGCUACACUCUGAAAGGAGCAACCCACGCCUUCUCUCUUGGAGAACAAAGCUCUCGAGACCGGCCCCUGCCCACCUGUCCGGCUCGUGCAACAUGCGGCCCCUGGGCCUCGAUGGUACCUCCCCGCCCUGCCGGCGACCUCUGCUGCGUCUGCUGCUCCUGCUGUCGCUGCUGCCGCCGCUGCCCUUAACGCGCGCCCAGACCGCUCAGGGAACCCCCAGCGCCCCCACCACGCCUGCCACCUCCAGCACCCCAAGUCUGCGGAAUCGCGCGCGGGCUCUGAUGCGAGACUUCCCUCUCGUGGACGGCCACAAUGACAUGCCCCUUGUCCUGAGGCAGUUUUAUGGCAACAGGCUACAGGAUGUUAAUCUGCGCAAUUUCAGCCAUGGCCAGACCAGCCUGGACAGGCUUAGAGACGGUCUCGUGGGUGCCCAGUUCUGGUCAGCCUACGUCCCAUGCCAGACCCAGGAAAGGGAUGCUGUGCGCCUCACCCUGGAGCAGAUUGACCUCAUUCGCCGCAUGUGUGCCUCCUAUUCUGAGUUGGAGCUUGUGACCUCAGUUAAAGCUCUGAACAAUACCCGGAAGUUGGCUUGCCUCAUUGGUGUGGAGGGUGGCCACUCGCUGGACAGUAGCCUUUCCGUCUUGCGUACGUUCUAUGUGCUGGGUGUGCGCUACCUGACGCUCACUCACACCUGCAACACACCCUGGGCAGAGAGCUCAUCUAAGGGCAUCCAUCCCUUCUAUAGCAGUGUCAGCGGGCUGACCAGCUUUGGUGAGAAAGUGGUGGUUGAAAUGAACCGCUUGGGCAUGAUGGUAGAUUUGUCCCACGUCUCUGACACUGUGGCACGGCGAGCCUUGGAAGUGUCACAGGCACCUGUGAUCUUCUCCCACUCAGCUGCCCGGGGUGUGUGCAAGAAUGCCAGGAACAUUCCUGAUGACAUCCUGCAGCUUCUGAAGAAGAAUGGUGGUAUCGUGAUGGUGUCUUUGUCACCGGGGGUGCUGCCGUGCAACCUGCUAGCCAAUGUGUCCACUGUGGCAGAUCACUUUGACUACAUCAAGGCAGUCAUUGGAUCCAAGUUCAUUGGGAUUGGUGGAGAUUAUGAUGGGGCUAAACGGUUCCCUCAGGGGCUGGAGGACGUGUCCACAUACCCAGUUCUGAUAGAAGAGUUGCUGAGUCGUGGCUGGAGUGAGGAAGAGCUCCAGGGUGUCCUUCGUGGAAACCUGCUGCGGGUCUUUGGACAGGUGGAACAGGUACGGGAGACAAGCAAGGGGCAAAGCCCCUUGGAGGAUGAAUUCCCGGAUGAGCAGCUGGGUAGUUCUUGCCGCUCUGUUCUCUCACGUCUGCCUCAGACACGGUAUCUGGCUCGAGACCAGAUACCGAGACCAGAUACUGAGACUUCGGCACAUUGGGCACCUAAGUGUUCACCUAAACAGUUAUUGUCAAAAUCUUCCCCCAACGUGGCCCCAAGCCUCACAGUUAUUGCUGCCUUUUCAGUCCUCAUUCUGUGGCUCUGGUGACCCAGUUAAUCCUACCAGAUGUUACUAUGGCAGUUGCAGAUACCCCACAUUGCCCUCCUCGCCCCCCCCCCCCAUCAUGCAGACAGACACAUUUCCUGAAAAUAAAUGUUUUACACAUGGAAA